CAAUAAGAUUUUUCUAUCAGUCUAGAAAUUACAUUCAUCGUUGCAAGAUGUUCUUGCUUUGCCGUUCCAUAGUCCCGGUUUUAAUUUGUGUCUUUGUUUCAUUUUCAUAUGCCCAAGAGGCUCAAUAUGUAGAUGAAUACGAUUAUGAUCAAGGGGCUGGUGGUGGUGAUGGUUAUAAUCCUUCUACAACACCAACAAAUCCUUACGCUUAUAGACCCGGUUUAAAUGUAAUUGUUGAUCCAUCUGUGAGAACUUACGUACCGAGUUAUUAUCGCCCGCCACCAUUGCCAAGUUAUAAUGAUCCAAAUGUUAUUGCUUUACCAAAUGCAGCAGGCUAUGUUCGUGGCAAAGAAAUUCGUUCCGCGUAUACGGGGAAAAAUUUCAAGGCAUUUUUGGGAAUAAAAUACGGAAGUGUCGGAAGUGGAUUGGAAAGAUUUCAAGCAGCAAGACAAGCACCAAUUUCAAAUGGAAUUAUAAAUGCAACAGUUGAACCAAUGGCAUGUCCUCAAUUCCCAGAUUUACUCAAAGUUGAACAAGCUGAACGACAAGGGAUCAAUGUCGAUGAUUGUUUAACUCUUUCGAUUUUUACUCCAAAUAUCUAUGGAAAUCACCCAGUGAUGAUAUAUGUUCAUGGAGAGAUGUUGUUUGAUGGAAGUGCCGAAGAAGCUAAACCUGAGUAUCUUCUCGAAAAGGAUAUUGUUUUGGUUUCUGUGAAUUAUCGUUUGGCUCCGUUUGGUUUUCUUUCAACUCAAACUGAUGAUAUUCCUGGAAAUAUUGCUCUGUCCGAUCUUGAGUUAGCGACAAGGUGGAUUGAGGAAAAUAUUGCAGCUUUUGGUGGUGAUCCAAGGAGUGUAACUUUGUUCGGACAAGCUGGUGGGGCUACAUUGGUUCAUGCUUUGAGUUUGAGUGAAAGAGUUAACCCGGUUAACUUUGAUCGAUUGAUACUUCAAUCAGGAACAGCUUUGAAUCCACUUUUUAUAGAUGAAGAUCCACUUGCAACAGCUCGAGCUAUUGGCAGAGAAGCUCGUUGUCCAUACAACAGUAUUCAUUCUCCUUAUGAGUUAAACCAUUGUUUGGGAAGACUAAAGACUUCAGAGCUUCUGUCGGCUUUUGUUGAUCAUUGUAAUCACAACGAAGAACGAGGAUUGUACUCUUAUGGAGGCUCAAAGCUUGCUGUUGGUGAUAAACAUGGCUACAUUCCAAUGCAUCCAGCUUUAAUGCUCAAGAAUUUCAAACUUCCUCUUCUUGCUGGAAUGACCAAGGAUGCUGGAGCUUUCAUUCUAACAAGGAAAUAUGACGAACUGGUCCGUGUAAAUAGCCGAAACAUCAGUGAUUACAUCAAUGUAGUUCUCAAAUACACCACACUCCCGAAAUAUUAUUCGACUUGGAGGAAUUGGGCUUUGGAGUAUAUUUUCAGUCCUCAAGAUAUACAAAAUCCAGUGUUGGGAAAUUUAGCUAGUGGACUCUUGGAGCUAACCAACCUUAUCCUCUAUAAGGCUCCUUUAAUGGAAUCAAUAAAAUCAGCAUGGAAUACAAAUUCAACUUAUUUGUAUAGUUUUGAUUAUCGUGGUCAAUUUCAUCGAUUCCCAAAAAGACGAACACAUUUUCCCUAUGAAUUAGAUGCUAAUCUCAGUGAUGACAAUAUGUAUUUGUUCCCAUAUCCAGAAGAAGUUAGUCGGCUAAAUAGCGUCGAUCGAAGUGUUUCACAGAUGAUGGUGACAAUGUGGACGAAUUUUGCUACUUCAGAGAAUCCCGAUCAAAGAUCAUGGCCAAAAAUGAAUAAUCAAUUUGGACCGUUUGUAAGGAUUGGUAGAAGUUUGGAAUUGGAUUAUCAUUUUGGUGAUGGAGUUGCAUCGCCAGAUUUAUAUGCAGAUAUGAGAAGAUCUAUGAAUAAUACAAGUGCGGUUGCUAGGUUUGGUUAAACGAGUUGUAUAAAAUAAGGAAACAAAUAAAUUUUAAAAAGGAGUGACGUUCACUGACAUACAAAAUAAAUGAU